GACAGCUGCAGUUCCAGGCCCAAGAGAAUGAAACAGGAGCAGGAAAAGAAUCAAACAUACAUGGUUAAUCUCUUAAAAACAACAACAUGCACCACACACACACAGAAAGGAAGGAAGGAGGAAGGAAAGAAUCAGCCUAAUCCCACCACUAAUGUUGGACCUAAUGAAAUUCCACGUGUGCGCUCUCUCCAUUCCACAGGGAACACACCUCCCGUGACUCAAGAGAUGCUGUCACUCAGCUACCAACUGAAACCAGCUCUUCCUCGGGUUUUCUGUUGGCUCUGGGCUGUGAUGGGGAAACUGCAGAGCAAACUCAGACACAGCACUUACAAAUACAGGCCUGAUGGACUUAUAGAAGAGAGAGUCCAGACUAAAGCCUCCCAAGAGUACAGCCCCGCUCACGUGGAUACCGUCUCUGUGGUUGCUGCUCUGAACUCAGACCUUUGUGUCUUUGGAGGAAAAGACAAGACCGCGGUGGCCUAUAACUGGAGAAAUGGACACGUGGUGAAAAGGUUCAGAGGACAUGAGCGGGAAAUCACUAAGAUAGCCUGUAUUCCCAAAUCAAGCCAGUUUUUCAGCGCCUCUCGAGACAAGACAGUCAUAAUGUGGGACCUGCAGAACUCUUCCGAGCCCAGGCAGCAACUGUCUGGGCAUGCCAUGGUGGUCACUGGCUUGGCUGUGAGUCCAGACUCAUCACAGCUGUGCACCGGCUCUCGGGACAACAGCCUGCUUCUGUGGGAUGUAGGUACUGGACGGUGUGUGGAGAGAGCGUCUGUCUCCAGGAACCUGGUCACCCAUCUGUGCUGGGUCCCCAGAGAGCCGUAUGUACUCCAGUCCUCCGAGGAUAAGACCAUCAGAUUAUGGGAUAGUCGGGGGCUUCAGAUGGCUCAUGUGUUUCCCACAAAGCAGCACAUUCAGACCCACUGUGAAGUCAGCGUGGACGGACGCACGUGUAUCUCCUGCAGCAGCGGCUUUGAGGGCGAAGGCUGUGAAGCCACAUUGUGGGACCUAAGGCAGACAAGAAACAGAAUGUGUGAAUAUAAGGGGCAUUUCCAGACAGUUGCAUCCUGUGUCUUUCUACCAAAAUCCAUGGCCUUGAUGCCUAUGAUUGCUACCUCAGCACAUGACUCCACGGUGAAGAUUUGGAACCAAGAUACUGGAGCUUGCCUUUUCACCUUGUCUCUGGAUGGAUCAGGACCCUUGACCUCCCUGGCUGUUGGUGAUAUUACCUCCUUGUUAUGUGCAAGUUUCUACAGAGGAGUUCACUUACUAAGAGUGGACCACAGCCGAGGACUGGAACUGCAGGAGGUGGCAGCCUUCUGAAGUUAAGAGACAUUGACUGGACAAUAUGGACUAUGGUCCCUCCUUUCUGUGUGGCUUUGUGUUUUUACACAUGGUCUUGGGGAGCAGGGUGCAAGUCUGGUGUUCUUUUCUUAGGAUCACUUAGAAGGCGUAUCAGGGUUAGAUGUUGGCAUAAGUCCGGUGAUUGAAAAAUUGUUUGUUUGUACCAGGAUCACUCUGUACCCCAGGCUGGACUUGAACUCAUAGCAACCCUCCUGCCUCAGUCUCCUAACUACUGAAGUUAUAGGUGUGAGCCAGCAUGCCCAAGAAAAUUCAGGUUUAGAAACAUGGACUCAAUAUAAAGUUCAUGAUCUCAGGAAAUCCAAAUGGAGUUUUUAGUGAGCUUUUGGGACUACUCUUCAAAAGAAAUGUCCUUAUUGCUCAGGAUGAUGACUUGGAGGCUUAAGAGUGGCAAGCCUCUGUGAGAAUGAAAACAUGGGCUGGGUCAUGAUGUUUUCCUGUCUCCAUGAAGGAAAAAUGUUUCAAGACAGAUGAAGCUGGUUGAUUGUGUUGUUCCGUAGAGGAAGUGGAUGGCGGACAGUGAGAUUAAAGAAAACCACCUCAAAGCCUCUUACAGCAAGAGAGCAAAAGCCCUGGCCUUGUCCUGGGGAGCAGAACAGGCGGCAGGAACUCCUGCCA